GAUCUACCCAUUCUCUCUCGGGAGCAUCAAAUCAUUGUCCCACGUGGUUAAGGUUGGCGCAGGUGACACAGCUGUGAACUCAGAAGGUAGCCAACACAACCCCCUCAAGAGUUAAACAAGUUUAAUAUAUCGGUAGGCCAGUGAGAGAGGCAGACCUGUGAAGAGCAGCCCAGGAUGGUGCUGGACGCGGACGCCCACCUCAACGAUGAGGUGUUCCUUUCUCCGGCUCUCCAAAACAAACCUGCGUCUUCCUGGGGAGUGAAGGUCAAGGAGAGGCUGAAGAUUGUCACUCCCUACCUGGGCAAGUUCAGACCCACCGUGGGCCAGUGCUGCCAUCAGUGCACCCCAGACAGUCUGGGCAAGACACUAGGACAGAAGACUGCCUCUCUUGGUUUCCAGAAUGUCCUGGCUGUUGAUGAGACACAAAUCAGGUACCGCGGAUGGCUGGUCCGCAGAGUUUGCUGUGUCCUGUUUGUGUCUGGGUGCAGUGUCUCCCCGAGUCCAGCCGGAGAUAGGCUCGAUCGAGUCCGUCAGAGCAUCAGAGUGCAAGAGGCUCUCUGUGAGGAACACGCAGCCCCUCCAGGGCCGGGCCACCAGGGGGAGAGCAGCCGCCUACCCCCCUACCUCUCCUCCCUCAUCAACACCUGCAUCUCCCCCGGCUUUCUACGUUUUGGGUGCUGGCUGUGCCUGAAGACCCUUGGAUCGGUGUUCAGCAGCAUCCAGGUCAACCUCAACCAUGUGGCCGCGCUUCACCGGGCGUCACAACAGGGCUCCCCGUUGGUGUACGUGUUUAUGCGUCAGAGCAGCCUUGACUUCGUCCUGAUUCCCCUGCUGCUCUUCACUCAAAACCUUAAAGUCCCUUACACCUUCUGUCCCCAGCAGAUGAACUGCUCCUGGCUCCGGUCAAUCCUACAGAAAGUGGGCGUGGUCUUCCUACCUCCUAAUGUGCCGACUGAAGACGAUGCUGAGUUGGACGAUUUGUACUCUCCAACCAUGACAGCUCUGCUGCGUGAGCUGCUCUGCGAGGGCCAGGCAUUAAGUGUCAGCGUGUGCAGGGAGACCGGACGCGGUGGCCAGUGGCUGGCGCGCAUCAGGCAGAUCAUCAAAGAGGGAGUGGUGCCUGAUGUCAGCCUGGUCCCCGUGGGCAUCUCCUACGACAGCAUCCCAAACACAGGCACACCGGUUGGCCUUGGUUCUUUAUUCAGACGCCUUUGGGCUGCUCUCUGGUCCCAGCCGAGCAGCAGUUUGAGGGUUCACUUUGCCCAACCCUUCUCUCUCAAGGAGACGUGCGCCACAGGGAGAUGCCGGGUGGAUGGAUGGCGCCCCCUACAGGAACUGCUUCUGCCCGCUGUUCUCUACGGCAGGACGGAGGAGAUAGUGGGGCAAAGGAAGAUGUCCUGGAUCCUGCCGUCACAUUACACUCCUGAACUGGUCCAGUCCGAAAGGGACCUCAGCACAGCCCUCACCCUCCACCUCAUCUACUCUACGACCUCUUGUAUGGCUGUGAUGUCCACCAGUCUGGUAGCCACUCUUAUGCUGCAUAGACACCGCAAGGGAGUGCAUGCGUCUGCUCUGUGUCGUGAUGUUGCCUGGCUGACAGAGGAGCUUCUGUUCAGGAACAAAGACGUGGGCUUUGGGGGCAGCUUGCCUGAGGUGGUAUGCUACGCUCUAGCGCUGCUUGGCCCUCACCUCACCAUCAUCUCUAACGCCUCCAGGAAAGAUAUCUUCGUUGUUCCAAGGCCCUCCGUGGACGCCAUCACCAGCCUUUCCAUCCCCACACAGAUUGUCACCCACUCCUUCAUAGCGGAAGCGGUCGGGGCGUGCGCAGUGUCGGCCAUGCUGAGCGAGGUGGCGUCCAGCGGCGUCAGCCACCGAGUCAGGAGUGGCGGGCAGCGCGGCGAGGAGGUCAGGGGCGACAUGGAGUUUGACGUGGCGCUCUGUGAGACGCAGCUGACUCAACGGAGCCUGCAGCUCUACCAUCUCUUGCCCCCGGGCUUCAUCCCGCCCUGCCAGUCAUCCCAAAGUUUUGCCCUGGAGGCGGUGGACAGUCUGGUGCGCUGUGGUCUCCUCGUCAUGGAGGAGGUAAGGGAGUAA